AUGAUAUUCGCCUUGAUUGCGGCCGGAUCAGCUUUAAAGGCUGGCCUGACUAUUGUUGGGACCAGCGUAUGGAUGAUACCGGUGUUGAUAGCCGCUAUGGCCUACUACCGGUAUGACAUUUAUGAUCCAGAGUCACGACCGUUCAACCAGAAAAUACUCAGACCAGAGUACGACUUCAUCGUGAUUGGAGGAGGAUCAGCAGGGGCUGUCGUCGCCAGUAGGCUAUCGGAGAUCGGACAUUGGAGUGUUUUACUAUUAGAAGCCGGUCCGGAUGAAAACGAACUGUCCGAUGUCCCCUCGUUGGCGGCCUACCUUCAAUUGUCUCGUCUGGACUGGCAGUAUAAAACCGAGCCGACGGGGAAGGCAUGCUUGGGCUUAAAAAAUGGUCGAUGCAACUGGCCCCGUGGUAAGGUACUGGGUGGGUCAAGCGUACUGAAUUAUAUGUUAUAUGUCAGAGGCAACCGGCACGAUUACGAUGGAUGGCGUGACAUGGGCAACGAAGGUUGGGGCUAUAGUGAAAUACUGCAAUACUUCACCAAAUCGGAGGACAACCGUAAUCCAUACUUGGCCAGGCCUGGAUCGCCGUAUCACCGAGCGGGUGGUCUAUUGACUGUACAAGAAGCACCGUGGAAAAGUCCAUUAGUGUUAUCAUUUGUAGAAGCCGGCCAGGAAGUGACGGGUUACCCGAACAGAGACAUCAACGGAAAAUACCAAACCGGGUUUAUGGUCGCACAGGGAACGAUCCGGAGAGGUACGCGGUGCAGUACCGCCAAGGCAUUUCUCAGGCCAGCUAGGCUCAGGCCCAAUUUACACGUAGCAAUGCAAGCGCACGUGACCAAAGUGAUCAUCAACCCGACCACCAAGCGAGCUACAGGUGUGCAACUGUUAAGGGAUGGCCGGAUGCAUUUGGUGCACGCUAAACGAGAAGUGAUCUUGUCGUCGGGCAGCAUCGGCAGCGCCCAACUGCUGAUGCUUUCCGGGAUCGGUCCCCGUGAACACUUGCAAAGACUGGGAAUUCCCGUAUUGCAGGACCUGCGAGUUGGUGACAACUUACAGGACCACGUGGGAAUGUUCGGGCUUACAUUCAUCGUGGACAAGCCCGUGGCCAUAGUACAAAACCGACUGAGGCCAGUUCCUGUAACAAUGGAGUAUUUAACACGAGAAAAUGGACCGAUGACUACUCUCGGCGGUGUUGAAGGACUUGGAUUCAUCCCCACCAUAUAUGCCAACGACACAGAAUACCCAGAUAUUCAAUUCCAUAUGGCACCAGCUAGUAUAGCUUCAGACGACGGCAUUAAAGUACGAAAAAUCCUGGGAGUCCAAGAUUCCAUAUAUGACAAGGUUUUCCGUCCGAUUGCCAAGAACGAUGCAUGGACCAUUAUGCCCCUUUUGCUUAGACCGAGAUCUAGAGGAAAUAUUAGACUAAGGUCUAGAGACCCGAUGGCCUAUCCUUACAUAGACGCCAAUUACUUCGACGAUCCUCUAGACAUAGCGACACUUGUGGAGGGUGUCAAGUUGGCAGUAAAAAUUGGCCAGGGGAAAGCUUUCCGACAGUAUCGUUCACGACUUCAUCGGGUCCCCAUACCUGGAUGUGCGCGAUUCGAGUUCGGAUCCGAUCAAUACUGGGAAUGUUCCAUCCGCCACUUCAGCAUGACCAUUUACCACCCAGUGGGCACGUGUAAGAUGGGACCACCCAGUGACCCGACGGCCGUGGUGGACCCGAGACUCCGCGUGUAUGGAGUGCAAGGUUUGCGGGUGGUCGACGCUUCGAUAAUGCCCACAAUCGUCAGUGGUAAUACGAACGCGCCGACAAUAAUGAUCGCCGAAAAAGCAUCUGACAUGAUCAAACAAGAUUGGUUUUCCAAUAACAAUCGUUACCACGGUUGA